UCCAUCAAACAUAUAUAAAGCCAAACUCUAAACACCCAAAACACACAACACACCUCUCUCUCAAAUCUCUAUAUAGCAAUCAACUCUUAUACGUACAUUACAACCAAUUCUAAUGGCUCCUUUAACUCACUCUUUUUUCCUCCUCCUCAUCCUCUUACUAUCUUGCAAACCAAACACUUCACAAGCCAAAUUUCGUUCCCCAAACCGCAAACUAGCUUUGGUACAAGAACAACCACUUGUUCUCAAAUACCACAAAGGCCCACUCUUAAACGGAAACAUCACCCUCCACCUCAUAUGGUACGGUACAUUCACCCCAAAACAACGCUCCAUACUCCUCGACUUCAUCCAAUCACUCUCCGCCACGCGUCACACACCCUCACCCUCCGUUUCAUCCUGGUGGAAAACCACGGAACGCUACAGGGGAGGCCCACGCACGCUCACCGUAGCAGAUCAAACCCUCCACCGGAGCUACUCCCUCGGAAAAUCGCUCAAAAUGAACCACCUGCUCAAACUCGCAUCGAAGGCUAAAUCUCACGCGCCAUCCGCGCGUGGUGGUCACGCGAUUCAUGUUAUCCUCACCUCAGCUGACGUGGCGGUUGAAGAUUUCUGCAUGAACCAGUGUGGGACCCAUGAUUCGGGCGGUGCGGGUCGAAAACGGGUCGCAUACGCUUGGGUUGGUAACCCGGUUACGCAGUGUCCGGGUCAAUGCGCGUGGCCGUUUCACAAACCGAUUUACGGACCCCAAUCGCCGCCGUUGGUUUCGCCGAACGGCGACAUUGGCGUCGAUGGGAUGGUGAUAAACCUGGCAACGGUUCUGGCGGGGACAGUUACGAAUCCGUUUGACAAUGGUUAUUUUCAGGGGCCGGCGACUGCGCCGCUGGAGGCGGUGUCGGCGUGCACCGGGAUUUUCGGGAAAGGGGCGUAUCCGGGUUACCCAGGUAACGUUCUGGUGGAUAAGGCGACGGGUGCUAGCUACAAUGCGGUGGGUGUGCGUGGCCGGAAAUUCUUGUUGCCGGCGAUGUGGGACCCUGUCAGCUCCACCUGCAAGAGCCUCGUGUGAAAUGGUAGUUGAAAAGGAAGCAAGAUUGGUCAUUUGGGUUUUGCAUUUUUUGAAUGAUUUUUCAUUUUUUUUUGGGGUUGAUUGAUACAUUUAACGUGAGUUAAUUUGGAUAAAAAUAUUUUUAUCGAAAUUAAAAAAAAAAUUGGAUAAAAACUAUUUUGCUGAAAUCAUUAUUUUUACAUAAAUAUUUUGCUCACAGUACUUUUAUGUCUUUACUCUUUUAUGUGUAAGAAGUGUAAUGAUUCAUUGACGGUCUACUUUCUUUUGUUACUUGUAAUUGAUGGUUUUAAUUAUGUUUUCUUACAAAAAGCUUGGUACUUGUAAAUUAAAUAUUUAAUUUUGGUUUUUCUUCA